CAGACGUGGCUGAAGAACUACGGCUAUCUGCUGCCUCACGACGUCCGCACGUCAGACCUGCGGCAGGAGAAAGCCAUGCAGUCCGCUGUGGCCGCCAUGCAGCGCUUCUACGGCAUCCCAGUGACGGGAAUACUGGACGAGACGACUAUAGAGUGGAUGAGGAGGCCUCGCUGUGGCGUUCCAGAUCAUCCUCACACCAGCCGCCGGCAGAGGAAUAAACGCUACGCUCUGACGGGACAGAAAUGGAGAGAUAAAAAGAUCUCCUAUAGCAUUUCUAACUUCACCCCUAAAGUGGGAGAGAAGGACACCCAGAGAGCGAUCCGACAAGCCUUCAAUGUGUGGCAGACCGUCACUCCGCUCUCCUUCCAGGAGGUGCCGUACUCGGAAAUCAAAAGCGAGGGGAAGGAGGCUGACAUCAUGAUCUUCUUUGCCUCCGGUUUCCAUGGUGACAGCUCUCCUUUUGAUGGUGAGGGGGGUUUCCUGGCCCACGCGUACUUCCCUGGCGCCGGCAUCGGAGGAGACACACACUUUGACUCUGACGAGCCGUGGACGCUGGGCAACGCCAACCAUGACGGUAAUGAUUUGUUCCUGGUGGCGGUCCAUGAGUUGGGUCACGCGUUGGGUUUGGAGCACUCCAACGAUCCCAGCGCUAUCAUGGCUCCUUUCUACCAGUACAUGGACACACAUAACUUCAAACUGCCUCUGGACGACCUGCAGGGCAUACAGAAAAUCUACGGAAUCCCCACAGCCAUGCUGGAGCCCACCAGGCCGUUACCCACCUUACCUUCUCGGCGGACGCACUCCACCUCUGAACGCAAGCAUGACCGUCAUUCUCGACCGGCGCGUCCGCCCGGUGACCGGCCCGCGCUGCCCGGAAACGGCAAACCCAACAUCUGUGACGGCAACUUUAACACCGUGGCCUUCUUCAGACGAGAGAUGUUCGUCUUCAAGGACCGAUGGUUUUGGCGUCUGAGGAACAACAAGGUGCAGGAGGGUUACCCCAUGCAGAUCGAUCAGUUCUGGAAAGGCCUCCCGCCUCGCAUCGACGCUGCGUACGAGAGAUCUGAUGGAAAAUUUGUCUUCUUCAAAGGCGAUAAGUACUGGGUGUUUAAGGAAGUUACGGCUGAGCCGGGUUACCCUCACAGCCUUGUGGAGCUGGGCAGCUGCCUCCCCAAAGACGGCAUCGACACGGCGCUGCGCUGGGAGCCGGUCGGGAAAACCUACUUCUUCAAAGGGGACCAGUACUGGCGCUACAACGAGGAGAAGCGCACGGCCGACCCGGGAUAUCCCAAACCCAUCACUGUGUGGAAGGGAGUACCGGACGCACCGCAGGGGGCAUUCAUCAGCAGGGAGGGAUACUACACCUUCUUCUACAAGGGGAAGGAUUACUGGAAGUUUGACAACCAGAAGCUGAUGGUGGAACCCGGAUACCCAAAGUCCAUCUUACGUGACUGGAUGGGCUGUGACCAGUCCGACAUGGAGCGCUCCGGUGGCAACGGAAACCGCGGUGACCGCCAGCUUCCCCUCGACGACGUGGACAUCAUGGUGACCAUCAAUGACGUCCCGACAACGGUCAAUGCCAUCGCCGUGGUGAUCCCCUGCAUCCUGUCGCUGUGCAUCCUGGUCCUGGUGUACACGAUCUUUCAGUUCAAAAACAAAGGAGUGCAGCAGAACACCAUGACGCAGCACUACUACAAAUACCCCGUUCAGGAGUGGGUAUGACAGGCAACUUUGCUUUUGAAGAGGUCAAAGAUCGUGGAGUGAAGGGGGUCGAGCAAUCGUCAUAUUGUAGCUUAUGUUGGCUAAUAGCCAAGUAUGCUAGCAGAGAAAAAUUAAAAUCAAUGCUGAAAGACGCUAAUUGUGCUAGCUACUGCUACAAGAAGGGAGCCCACUGGAAAUGCUCUGCAGGAGUAGAUGUAGACAUUUGAUCAGAGUGAGUGUGAGAUUUGUGCCUGUCUUGUGUAAAACAGGAAGGAUUCUGAUUUAGUCUUUUCUCCUGUUCUUCUCCGGGCAAGGACGCUUAAAACAAACAUGGCUGACAACAGGAAGGGCAAGUCUGCAAAGACUCCGGGAAGAUUUGAUUGGCUAGGAGCAGAUCAACUGCAGAUUUUUCAGUCUCGCCCGCAACGUCUCUGGCUGCAAGUGAAAUGGGAUCUUAUGAGCGAUACUGAACUUUGACUCUUUCUCCUGGGACCUACAACACAUGACUCUCCUUCUCUGUGAAAAUAAAAAGAAAGAGGAGUAGGGGCAGAAUAUGCUCCUCAAAGCCAGACACCACCUCUGAGACUGUUCCAACAACAGCUUGAACUAUUUCAACUCUCAAGUCAGAUGAAAUUUAAAAAAAAAACAAAAGAAAUAA